CUGGCGGUUCUUGUGGCGUCCGCAGCCCGUGGGCCGCAGCCCGUGGGCCGCAGCCGGUCUCCUCAGCCGCCAUGAGGCGGAGAGGCCCGGAGGAAGAGGCCUGCGGCGUGUGGCUGGACGCGGCGGCGCUGAAGAGGCGGAAAGCGCCGACACAUUUCAUCAAACCAGGCAACAAAAUACUAACACUCUUUCCGAGAGAGAGAAAACCUAAUGUUUCUCCUACUCAGAGAAUGUCUGCAGGGACUCGGCAGACCAGCAUUGCUUCUUUUAUCACCUUGCAGCAAGGAAUGACAAGUGGCAGUAACCGGAGAAGUGUUUCAUCUCAUAUAAAAAGUCAGAUUAAUGAAGAGUCCAAGAAAGAUACAAUCCAUCUAGACUAUUUGAUCCAGGGCUCAGAGGAUGAUUGUGUAGCACUCCCUUUGGCCACUUCAACCCCUGCUGGUCUCCAGGAACCUGGACUUUCUCCUCAGUCGGUUGAGACUCCUGGCCCCAACAGUAUGGGAACUCCAUUUUUGACAGUUCUGUCUUUGCCCCAAUCUGAAACCCCUGUCUCUGCUGGAGAGAGUAAAGCGUCAUUGGCUUUUUCCUCUGCCCAGGACUUGGAAAGUUCUUGUUUGCUAGACCUACAGGAGGGCAAGGGGGAUUCUCCCCACAAACUGAAAAGGCUUCAUGGAUCUAAGACCAACUAUCAGGGCACUAAGGGACAUACCACCCCACCCGGGGGGAAAUGUCAUCAACCUCUGGACAAAGGAAAACGAGAAAGGAAAUUGUCUGCUAAAGAAAACAGGCAAGCCUGUAAGAACCCUCAAGCUUACAGGGAAUCCUUGAUUGGAGAAGAAAAUACAGAAUCAGUGAAACAAAGUCCUUGUUCUCUGUCUGCAAUUUCCCAGAAGAGUGAAAAACAUGACAAGGACUCCUGGAGUCAGCUUUUCACUGAAGACUCUCAAGGCCAGAGGGUCAUUGCCCACAACAGAGCUCCUUUUCAAGAUGUAACCAACGCCUGGAAUCAGGGUUUAGAGCAGUGUCCUGAGCAGCAUCCUCACAGCCCUAAAGCUCAGUGCCAAGAUGGGCCCACUCAGUUGCAUCUGCAGCCCAGCUUGCUCUUUACCCAGGACUCUGAAGGUAACCAAGUUAUGAGGCACCAGUUUAAAAUGCUUAUAUGAAGGGGUUUGGUCCUAAAGGUGCCCUGAAAUUGCAGGGUGCAGGAAAGUUAUCUUGUAAGGUGGAGGUGUUGGGGCAGAUGAGGGUUUAGGAGGAAAGUGGCUAUGGGAUGAAGCUGUUGUCAUUAUUGAGCACUUUGUGUAAAUAAAGCAGGCAGUCAGUGCCACUGUU